AUGAUGAGAGCCACUUAGUAUUCAAACAACAAUGAAAACAUUCCUGACUGAAUCUUUGGAAUGUGUUGUACAAUGCAUCUAAUCCUCAUUUAUGCAAAGAAGCCAUAGAUUAAAAAAAAAAAAAAAAAAAUCUUAUCACUUGGAUAUAACCAAUUUAGUCAAUUUUAAAAUAUAAGGUCUCUUGCACGUUAGAUGCUAACAGUACCAAGUCUCUACCAGCAUACCACUUUCUGUACACCACACCAACCAAAGUGUUCUUUUUCCAUAUACCACUACAUCACUUCCUACAGGUGGCAUGCAGAUGCUGAUCACCAUGGUAUGUGGGCUCAUCCAGCUGCGUUAUCCCCUGGGCACGUACAAGCCAGUGUUGGGCCAGAAGAAACCAGCCAACUUUGUCAAGGGGAUGGCUACCCUUGGCCUACUCCAACUGGGGACCAUAAUGUUUGGUUUGAUUGCCAUCUACUUUGUGGCAGUUAGCUUUGCUGAAACUGUCAAGAGCUCAGCACCUCUAUUUACAGUCUUAAUUGCGUGGCUUUACUUGGGUGAAAGAACAGGUGCUUUUGUCUUCUUAUCGUUGAUCCCAGUGAUGCUUGGACUUGCUCUAUGCUCCAGCAACGAGCUCUCCUUUAGCCUAAUUGGUUUUGUCUGUGCCUUAACAACUAAUUUGUGUGAGUGUGUUCAGAGUGUGGUCUCCAAGUCCCUUCUCUCCAAUAAAGCCUAUAUUUACAAGCUGUCAGGAAUACAAGCAGAAGUAAUGGAUACAAAGCAAAGCGUCAGGAAUACAGGAGAGGGUCAGGAAUACAGGGUACAUACAACGUUUGCGCGUAAGGAUACAAGCAGAGUUCAUGAAUUCAAGCAGGGUUACUGA